GGAAGGAGCCCGGAGAAGCACAGCUUUGGGGAGUUUACGAAAAUGCCUGAUACGAGUGUUCGAAAGGACCCAGUGACUUUAUGUUUAUAUGAAAUAUGAAGCUAUUUUGGCACCUUGACGCUUCCAUAUGUCCUUAGUUAAUACCCGUCUCUGCAGAAUUAGAGAUUUGAUGGCAACGGCCUUUAGCCGCCUGUUUUGGAUCAGGCUCUGGAGUGGACGCCCCUAGCAGAGGGGUCCUCUGGGCAGCCCGAGACCGACGGGAGACGGCAGCGAUGGCGUCGGGGCCGGGCGGAUGGCUUGGACCGGCGUUUGCGCUGCGCCUGCUGCUGGCCGCCGUGCUUCAACCGGUGUCCGCGUUCAGGGCAGAGUUUUCAUCAGAGUCUUGCAGAGAGUUAGGCUUCUCCAGCAACUUGCUCUGCAGCUCCUGUGAUCUUCUUGGACAGUUCAGCCUUCUUCAGCUGGAUCCUGACUGUAGAGGAUGCUGUCAGGAAGAAGCACAAUUUGAAACCAAAAAGCUGUAUGCAGGAGCUAUUCUUGAAGUCUGUGGAUGAAAAUUGGGGAGGUUCCCUCAAGUCCAAGUAUGUUCGUGGUUCAGACCCUGUGCUGAAGCUUUUGGACGACAGUGGGAACAUUGCUGAGGAGCUCAGCAUCCUCAAAUGGAACACAGACAGUGUAGAAGAAUUUCUGAGUGAAAAGUUGGAACGCAUAUAAAUCUUGCUUAAAUUCUGUCCUAUCCUUUUGUUACCUUGUCACAUGAAAUAUUACAGCACCUAGAAAACAGUUUUGCUUUCUUCCAUCGAUCAGUCUUUUACUGUGAGGCAUUAAACCGCUAAUUAAAAGUUGAAGUGGCAGCACAGCCCAUGAUACGUGAGGAGUUAGCAAGCUUAACAAAACCCAUUUUUUAUAAAUUUCCAUCCUCCUGCAUUUGUCGAUACCACUAACAGAAUGCUUCGUAAUAGUCUUGUGGUUGAUUAUGCAAAUGAUAGUUUGUGAUAAUCGGUCCAGUUUUACGAACAACAGAUUUUUAAAUUAGGGAGGUUAAUAAGGGAGGUGAAUACUCUACCUCGUGUGCUGUGCGCUCUUUGAACGCAGUGACAGAAAACCACAAAGCGGGUGAGAUUACACAGAGCCUCACCAGAUUGCCUGCUGCUCAGAUCCUCUCUCAUUUUUGUAUUACCCAGCUUUCCUUUUAAUAGAAAUGUUAUAGUUUAUAAUGAAUGCACUGCAUAAAAACUUGAUGGCUUCAUUAUUGUGAAACAGAUUCAAGAUCUAUGGUAAGAGUGAAACAUUCACACAGAGAUUCGCGUUAAUGAAGACUACACAGAAAACCUUUUUGAGGAUUUGUGUGGAUCUGAUAUUUAGCAAAUUUUUGUGCUUUACAUUCUUACAGCAGAGUCAAUUUUAAAAUGAAUAUGUGUAAGACCAAAUAUAAAUAAAAGGUUUCUAAAAUCUGAA